AUGUGUCUCCGCGCAAGAGAGCUUAAAACAACGAUUUCAGCUUGGGUUGAAAAGCACUCUCUACAGGAACAAUUCUCUCUUGUGGAGACCGAUUGGGAGGCUCUUGAUAUUCUGCUUGAUAUCACCAGCCCGUUUUUACUCUUUACAAACAUCCUCAGCCGGUUAAAUAACCUUACCCCUGGUCAUACCUUUACUUUAUUACAAGUUGCAACAGUUCACUUGUACUUUUGCGCCUCUGCACUUAAAGAUAAAGUUACUAGCAAAGACUUUACUUGGAUAUCAAUCCUUCAGGCUGCUACGAAAAAGGGCCAAGAGAAGCUGGAAAAAUACGUUCAAAAGCUAAUUGAAGAGGAUUCCUUCAAGGUAUAUGGUAUUGCAACUCUCCUUACCCCUGAAGCUGGGACAUCAGUUUCGAGUACUUUUGACACGCGAUUCCAAUUCGCAAAUUACUUCGAAUACCUUCCUUCUUCAGCCUCACUUCGAACUCGAGUACAGCAAGAAUUUAUCGAGGUAUAUACAAAGCAGUACCAUCAAGAUUCGGAACGCCAUACCAAUACUCAAAAAGCUGCAACUGAAGGACUCCGAUACACUCUGCAUAGUUUACUAUCACGCAGUUCAAAGAAAAGGGGCAAAAUGUCAUCAUCCCAAGACGCACGAAAUAUCUGUAAUGACUUUUUUAAUAUUGUUAUGUUCCCUGAUGAAACUGUUCAGCAAUUUUGGGUCCGCCUAGACAAUAGCUAUCCCAGAUUCCAUAGUAUUUGUCGCAUGGCUCGAGACUUCUUAUCUAUUCAACCGACGUCAAUACCCUUAGAGCGAUCAUUCAGCCUUGCUCGCCAUAUCUGUCACUACGCUCGGUUCAACCUUUCGGCUGAUACUAUUUUUGAUACUUUGACUAUCAAAAUUAGCCAGAAUAAUGAGGCCUGGCUUUCCCAAACCACACUUAAGGAAGUUCUAGAUGACACGAAUAUCACUGAAGCAUCUGAAGAGCGCCAGCAUAUUAUUAGAGAAGCUUUUAACUACUCUUCUCUAUUGGAUAAAGCUGAUAUUCAGAGAUAUCUGAAGGUCUCUGAUGAUCUUACUAAGAUCUCUAUUACUGCUACAGGAGAUGCUCCCUCCCCGCCUCCUUACGAAGUCUCAGUAGAAGAGGAGGAUAUUAGCGAUAGAGAUGAGGAGCUGCCAUCCUUAUCUAGCUCUCAACAGCCAAAACUAUCGAGUCAAGUUUCCCAACUUAGCAACUCACCUACGCCUUCUGUAUCCCAAGAACUCCCAAACUUCUCCGAGCUUGGGGGUCGCAAAAGGAAGAGACUUACUCGGCUAGAUCUUGUCGAACUCUCUCCUGACGAGGAUAGCGAUUAA